UGCCAGGCUGCAUCGCUUGCUGACCGCAGCCACAAUAAUGGAUAAAAAGGACUACGUACCACGAGCCUGUACAUACAAGAGACCCUUCCAAGGAGACAGAGACGGAGAAGAAGUGCUAUGAGUUCCUCAAGCUCACCAGCAGAAGUUUCUCUGCUGUCAUCAUGGAGCUCCAUCCAGAGCUCCUGAUGCCCGUAUGUCUGUUUUAUCUCAUCCUUCGUGGCCUGGACACGGUCGAGGACGACACGUCGAUACCUCUGGAGACCAAGGAGCCCAUACUGCGCGGUUUCAAGGACAUACUUGAAGAAGAUGGCUGGACCUUCACGGAGAACCGUCCGGAGGAGAAGGACCGGGAGCUGCUGGUUCAGUUCCACAACGUCAUCACGGAAUUCAAGAAGAUCAAGCCAGCUUACAAGGUUAUCAUCAAAGAUAUAACCGAGAAGAUGGGCAACGGCAUGGCAGACUACAUCAGACGCGGCGAAGAGGACGACGAAAUAGUCAAGACAGUUGAAGACUACGACCUCUACUGCUACUAUGUGGCCGGUUUGGUGGGCGAGGGCCUCACCCGCCUGUUUGUCGAGGCCGGCUUUGCGCGGCCAGAGCUGCUGGAGCGUCCGGAGCUGUUCAUCUCCAUGGGACGGUUCCUGCAGAAGACGAACAUUAUCCGUGACGUGCGCGAAGACCACGAUGACAAGCGUCGUUUCUGGCCCCGUGAGAUCUGGUCGAGACACGUCAAGGAGUUCAGCGACCUCUUCAAGCCCGAGUUCCGCCAGCAGGCCCUUAACUGUAACUCUGACAUGAUUCUCAAUGCCCUCUCGCAUGUAGAGGACUGUAUAUACUAUCUCUCCGCGCUCCGGGAGCAGAGUGUGUUCAACUUCUGCUGCAUUCCGCAGACCAUGGCCAUCUCGACUCUGGAGCUCUGCUUCCGCAAUGGCACCAUGUUCGAGCGAAACAUCAAGAUAACCAAGGGCACCGCCUGUCGGCUUAUGAUAGAUUCUACGCAGAACGUCCGGGUUGCCUGUGACGUGUUCCGUCGUUAUGCUCGAGCCAUUCACCAGAAGAACACCUCUAAGGAUCCUAAUUUCCUCAAGAUAAGCAUGGCUUGCGGACAUGUCGAAAAGGUCAUUGAGCGUAUCUUCCCUUCGCAGUCGCCGGAAGCGGCUGCUCGAAGACUAACCAAUGAGAAAUCCCCCGAGCAGCUGGCCCAAGACGAAGCCGACGCCGAAGCAAAGAAAGACACCAUGUACAUAAUGCUCACCAUCUUCGGCGUCCUGCUCUUUGUCACUAUAACAAUGGUACGUUAAGUAGUCAUUCCACUGCCAACCCAAUGCACUAACUCUUUCUAGUUCUUUGUUGCUUGGUUAUUUGGUGCCAGGUUCGACCUCGCAAUCGAGGAGUUCAAAAAGGGAAAGCUCAUGCCCGGCCCGGCCCAAACCCAUGGUGGUGAGCUCUAAGUCACACCACCAGCUUCUUUAACGCAUUUACGACUCGACCUUCUUCUUCGGCCUUUUCCCCCCCUUUUUCUGUUGCUCGACUUUUUACCCUUUUGCAUCUACGAAACCAUUCUACUGUAUGAUAUCAACACCCUUUUGACGUCUAUACUAAUAAUGUAAUACUCCAGCGAGGUCUUUUGCCUCCCAUUCCUCUUUUCUCUCUGUUUAUCUUACCCUUUCCUUACCAGCACGGAUGUCAAAUUACAACACAAUCCUUCUCAAUGGUUGCUGUUGUGCCGAAGAUGUGCUGAGAUCGAUGGCUUGACCUGCGUCCCCUAGGGAUUGCGGCAACUACCUGAUGUACUGGAUUUCUGUCGACCGAUUAGCUUCGGACAAUGGCAGACGUCUAUUGAAACUCCGGUCACAUUUCUUCGAAACCACCCCCCGUAGAUAGGAUAGAGAUAAUAAUGAAGCCGAGGAAACAGCUCGACCAAAUUCUACCCACACCCCUGUUUUACAUUAUGUGACCUGUUGACCUGCAUCGUAUUCCAUCUGUCAAUCUAUCUAUCGUCUAUCGCCAUCCUCAGCGCCGGUCCGCUCGGGU